UCCUCUUCCACAUUCACAACUGUCUCUCUUUGGAACCAAUUAACAAACUCGCUCCCGCUUUCUCUCACUUUCCCAAGAAAAUUCAAUCAUAUACUUUGGAAGUUGUUGAUUUCACAUUCAACAAUUUCUUGGUCUUUUUGGUCAUCAGUCCGAAAAUUAAAUUCAAGUUUGCUAGCUUUCAAGAAUCUGAUAACUUGGGUGUUGUUGAUUUCACAUUCAGCAAUUUCUUCUCAGUGUUGUUCAUCAGCGAUCAGUUGUUGCUUUCAAAUCAAUCCAACAUGUCUGCUCGUUUCAGGAAAGUGACAGAUUGGCCGGAAACACUGGAACCAGCCAUACCAACACCGGAACCAACAGAAAAUCCCGACGAAUGGAUCACCUGUAAUCACUGCUCCCAACGCUUAAUUAGCAGCCAAAAUGUUCGAGGUGUUGUUGUACAAGCCAGGGAUCCCAGUGCUAGCUACCAUGUGGCUGAGGACGUUGCCAAUAUAUUCCAUCUAGACGAUGUGGUACAUCUAGGUUAUAAAAGGAUUAGAGCUGAGAAUCAGGAGACUGAUUUGACUUUGGCCCGAGUCUAUUGUUGUACAUGCAGACUACCUGCUGGCUGGAAAGUUCUUCAGCGGAGCGAAAGCCACCCUAUUGUCCAUGUAGACGACUUUUUGCUGUAUGUUCCUCCUCCUCCUCUUCCUCCUUCUGAGUCAUAAUGGUCUAUUGACAUGGCUCAUGGCUCAUGUCUCUCUGUUACUAAGAAUCUCAAUGCAGUUAUCCAAUGUAAAAACUUUAGGAAUACCUAGGAUGAGAUGAGAAGUUUUGUUGCUGUCAUGGCAUCUUUAUAAUGUCUUGGGUAUUUUGAUAGUUUGUAAUAUUUCAAAUACUCAUUGUAGCUACUUUUGGACUUGGUUAAUACUCCACUGUAGUCAAGUUUAGGUGAAUGUUCUGAUUGAAACUUAGCAAUAAUAUUGAAACAUACCAUUGAAAUUUACCAUAA